AAAAUUCUGGAAAUCCAGUAUCAGGUCCCGACGGCAUAUAAUAAGGACACUGUUAAAGCUGUUCGAAAAAUUACCAGUGAAACAUCAAAAGAAUGUUUUCCCCUGUGUAAUGUUAGAAGGCAGAGAUGAUUUAACAGAUUCUCAUUCUGUAUUCACAAUCGAUCCUGAAGGUUCAACAGAUCUUGACGACGCACUUAGUCUCCGAAGACUUCAGAACGGAGUAGUUGAGGUCGGGGUGCAUAUAGCAGAUGUAACGAUCUUUGUGCGAAAAGGGGACAAAAUAGAUGAUGAGGCAAGGCAUAGAGGCACUACAUUUUAUCCAGAAAAUGGCAAACGUCCUUACCACAUGCUUCCGGUGCCACUAAGCCAGAACCUUUGCAGUUUGCUUCCACAUCGGCCAAGACUUGCUUUGUCUUUAUUUUUUCGGUUCACACUCGAAGGGAAGUUGGAAAGCCAAUGCCUCCGAAAAACAGUAGUCAAGUCACGACGCCAAUUCACGUACGGUGAAGUACAAGAUAUAAUACUAGAUCGUACUAAAGACAAAACUUUAUCAGAAGACAUCAAAACGCUAUUUAGCAUAGCAAGGAAACUUAGAUGUAGUAGACUAGGUGAAGCGAUGCAUGCACUUCCAACAGAUGCUAAUCUCUCCGGGAAGGUAGACAGCGAUUCUGUCUUUGGUUCACCAGAAGCGCAUUAUAUGGUAGAAGAAUUCAUGAUACUGUCAAACCAAUCGGUCGCUGAGACUGUAUGUAAAACCUUCGAGGAUUGUGCAAUGUUGCGAUGUCAGGAUGCCCCUUCCCCAGAAAAGGUAAAUUUAUGGAUGACACGAUUUCCGCGGAUUGCCGAUAUAGUAAUCAAAUUGCAAAACAUAAAACCAAAUCAACAUAGACAACUGAACAUUGAAAAUGCCCCGCCGGCAAAACACAAUGUAGUUAUUUGCAUGCAAGCAUGGAUUUGGUCGUUUCUAGAGGAACAGGUUCGCAAAGGCAAUUUUCGAGAAGCUUUCAAACUCAUCGGUAGCGAUGAACUUCAUCCAGAACAGGCACUUGCUUUGUCAGAAUGGAUACAAUUCCAAGAAAAUGCUGAAUACAGAUGCCUUGGGGAUGUGCAAACUCAGCAGGAGCAAUCACACUUCUCUCUUGGUAUAUCACACUACACACAUUUCACGUCUCCUAUCCGGAGAUAUGCAGAUUUGAUUACACAUCGUCUGAUUCAUGCCGUACUUGACAAACAGAUGGCGCCAUAUACAACAUCCGACAUUGUUGAAAUAUGCGGUCAGAUCAAUGAUGUUUCAAGACGUGCGAAGAAAUAUGGAAAGCAAUGUAAAAUCCUGCAGCACAGCUAUGUUCUCACAGACCAUCCUAUGAUGUUGAACUGUUUUAUUGAGGACGUAUCCGAUCAAAGUAUUACAUUCCACAUCCCAGGGAUGAACGUUUUACCCCAACAGUGCAGAGACGUGGCAAUUAACUUGCUGAAUGUGUCAUGUCAACCAAAGUUUACAACAGACAAAGAUGAUGAUAGACCAUUUAACAUCCUAACCCUGGCCUGGCAAAAACGCUUAUAUUCCGAUACAGGCUAUGCUUCAUCAAUUGGAGAUCAUUCAGAUAUCCGCAUCGAUCCGCACCAAAACACUACGUUUCAGCAAUAUUCUCGCUGGACAGAUAUUCUGAAAUCGUUAAUCAUGGGAAAAAAUGAAAUGCUGAAGAGCACUAUCUCUGCACAUGCCGAUUUCCUUGAAGCAGACCAAAUGAGAUCCUUCGUCCCGGCAUGUACGUUGACUGUGCCAGACGUCAGUUCAGAAGUCAAGGAAGGUGUCAUAACAAGGCAUUUUUGUGAAUUUAGCAUGUCUUUCAACCAUGCACAAAUUGUGUCAGUUCUUUUUGGUUCCGAAUCCCAGAAGGGUGUUCUCCUACCGUAUCCGCAGUUAUUAGAACUAACAAAUAACGUGAAGUUUUGUUUGCAACACGUGCAGGACCCAGUGAAGUAUUUGGCUACGUACGCAACGAGGGCUGUACAUUCUGCUCAUUACCGGUCAAUAGACGAAUACCUGAAGACAUGGAUGCCAUUACUGCGAAUGGAAAACACGACAUUAGCAGCUAGAGAGGAUUCAAUUACGAUAAAUGACCUUACGGUAACAUUGAACGAAAUUGACGGAUCAUUUAUACUAACAAAGACGUUUUGUGAUAUUAGAAACAUUGUGUGCAAUGCGAAAUCAAUGUCUUUCCUUUUGUAUGAAAAUGAAAAUGACAAAUCAAAAGGUCAACACGAGUAUGUCCCAUGCUUGGAUUUCUUGUGUAUCAAAUGUCCCUAUAUCGACAGCAACACAGCCCACAAAGGAACUCCUGGAGGAAAACGAAUUUGGCUAGCUCAUGGUCAAGUCGACAAGAUUGAAAGUAGAAAAGGGGAAAUUUUGGUUCACUUCAAGCUUCAUGGGACAAGCCCAAGACGACCGGCACUGUUACAGAAACGUUCUACGCAUGUCUGCAGUGUGGAGAUUCUUACCAAAUCGAGGGAUCGGGCGCAUGCCUUAGAUCACAAACAACGAGACAAAUGCAAACAUGGGCGUCCACGAAGCGUUGACCUCGAUCUGAUGGACGCAAGCAGUUCACGAACACAGUCAAUAAAAUGGUUCGGUAAAGAGAAUUACGCAAAUGGCUAUUCAGAUGAUGAGUCCUUAUCUAUCGCUGAAACUGAAUGUUUAUUUGACGAUGAAGAAUUAGACACUAACGCAGAGGAAGUAGAAGUUGGAAUCAAGGAACUUGAAUAUCAGAUGAUUAUGCAUGGCGCUGCGUUAUCUGAGAAGUUCAUUCAAAGAUUUGAUUUCAAGGAUAGGAAAACCUUUUACCAGACUGGUCUUUCCAUCGAUACACUGCACACUUUACUGCGAGAUCAGCCUAAACGAUUCAAAGUUUGUUCUCUUCAAAUUGAAUCUGCUCACAAAUCCAUAUGCAUAUUAUCAAAACCAGAAAAAAACCUAAGGUCUAUCGAAAUCAGUGGUCGGUCAAAAUGUGGAAAAUACUUUUCAGGAGAUGAAGUAGUAGUGGAAAUAUUGAACCAUAACCACAACACUAAGGAAAUACCACAUUUCAAUAAGACACUUGAUCAUAAUUUCAAGGCAUUUGGAAGAGUUGUUGGAAAACUGUCGUCAAAGCGGUUUCAACAUAUAGAACAUCCAGUCCUUCUCUGUGAAUUGGAUGACGUUGACUACUACCUCAUGAGACCACUGGAUAAAACAGUACCAAAGAUCCAUGUUUUCAACCAAAAUGUGAAAGGAAAAUUCCAAGUUGAAACAUACCAGUACAAUUCAAAGACAAAGGACUUAUCUUUAAGAGAAGUAGUUAAUGUUAAUCCUUCCAAAAAACAUUAUGUAUUUCUAGUUGUAUACAUACGUUGGGAUGCAAUCUAUCCUCUUGGGGCUGUGAUUAAAAUCCUGAGGUCUGACGGAGAUGUAAGCAGCGCUUUAAAAAUUCUGGAAAUCCAGUAUCAGGUCCCGACGGCAUAUAAUAAGGACACUGUUGAAGCUGUUCAAAUUAUUACGAGUGAAAAAGAAUGUUUGCCUCGUGCGAUGUUAGAAGGCAGAAAUGAUUUAACAGAUUCACAUUCUAUAUUCACAAUCGAUCCUGAAGGUUCAACAGAUCUUGACGACGCACUUAGUCUCCGAAGACUUCAGAACGGUGUAGUUGAGGUCGGGGUGCAUAUAGCAGAUGUAACGAUCUUUGUGCGAAAAGGGGACAAAAUAGAUGAUGAAGCAAGGCAUAGAGGCACUACAUUUUAUCCAGAAAAUGGUAAACGUCCUUACCACAUGCUGCCGGUGCCACUAAGCGAGAACCUUUGCAGCUUGCUUCCACAUCGGCCAAGGCUUGCUUUGUCCUUAUUUUUUCGGUUCACACUCGAAGGGAAGUUAGAAAACCAUUGCCUCCGAAAAACAGUAGUCAAGUCACGACGCCAAUUCACGUACGGUGAAAUACAAGAUAUAAUACUAGAUCGUACUAAAGACGAAACUUUAUCAGAAGACAUCAAAACGAUAUUUAGCAUAGCAAGGAAACUUAGAUGUAGUAGACUAGGUGAAGCGAUGCAUGCACUUCCAACAGAUGCCAAUCUCUCCGGGAAGGUAGACAGCGAUUCUGUCUUUGGUUCACCAGAAGCGCAUUAUAUGGUAGAAGAAUUCAUGAUACUGUCAAACCAAUCGGUCGCUGAGACUGUAUGUAAAACAUUCGAAGACUGUGCAAUGUUGCGAUGUCAGGAUGCCCCUUCCCCAGAAAAGGUAAAUUUAUGGAUGACACGAUUUCCGCGGAUUGCCGAUAUAGUAUUCAAAUUGCAAAACAUAAAACCAAAUCAACAUAGACAACUGAACAUUGAAAAUGCCCCUCCGGCGAAAUACAAUGUAGUUAUUUGCAUGCAAGCAUGGAUUUGGUCGUUUCUAGAGGAACAGGUUCGCAAAGGCAAUUUUCGAGAAGCUUUCAAACUCAUCGGUAGCGAUGAACUUCAUCCAGAACAGGCACUUGCUUUGUCAGAAUGGAUACAAUUCCAAGAAAAUGCUGAAUACAGAUGCCUUGGGGAUGUGCAAACUCAGCAGGAGCAAUCACACUUCUCUCUUGGUAUAUCACACUACACACAUUUCACGUCUCCUAUCCGGAGAUAUGCAGAUUUGAUUACACAUCGUCUGAUUCAUGCCGUACUUGACAAACAGAUGGCGCCAUAUACAACAUCCGACAUUGUUGAAAUAUGCAGUCAGAUCAAUGAUGUUUCAAGACGUGCGAAGAAAUAUGGAAAGCAAUGUAAAAUCCUGCAGCACAGCUAUGUUCUCACAGACCAUCCUAUGAUGUUGAACUGUUUUUUUUGA